AUGGCAGCUUUAAAAAUUUUGUUAGUAGCCAUCCUUUUGUGUUCUGGAUGUCUUAGUAUUAGUGUAACAAAUAAUACUACUUGGGACUACACAGUAGCUAAAAAUAGACCUUUGGUAAUUGCUCAUAGAGGUUAUUCUUCUCUUUUCCCAGAAAACACUCUUGAAGCUUUCAGAGCUGCAAUCUAUGCUGGUGCUGAUUUCUUUGAGUUAGAUGUCCAAGUUACCAAAGAUAACGUUCUUUUAGUUUCUCAUGAUGCAACUCUUUCUCGUGUUACUGAUGUUGCUAAUAGAACUGAAUUCAAAAAUAAGAAAUCAACUAAAUUGAUUGAUGGAUAAAAUGUCACUGAUUGGUUUAUUUGUGACUUCACCCUUGCUGAAGUAAAAACCCUCAAAAUUAAAUAGGUUUAAGUUUAAGGAAGAAAUCAAGAUUUGAACACCUAUUUUACUUUCCCAAGCUUAAGAGAAACCAUAGAAAUGCUUAUAUAAUUCAACUAACAACAUUAAGGUAAAAGAAAUCUUGAUAAUAGAAUUGCAGGAGUAGUAAUUGAAUCUAAGGAUAGAGAUUUUUAUCUUAAUAAUUAUCACUUUGAGUAAGGAGCAAAAAUUGUUGAUUUACUCAGAGAGUUUAAUUUACACACUAUGUACAAUGCUUCUAUUUAUGCCCCUAUUAUAUUGCACUCUUUUGAUGCACCAACAGUCUAAUUAUGGCAUAAUAUUACUGACUUACCUAACAGUUAACUUGGAAGAAUCAAUUCACUUCCUUAUUCUCUCCAACAAACUAGUACAUAUGCCACUACAGUUGGUUUGGAAAUUAGCUCAUUCUUUAACAAUACUUCCAAGAAACCCACUGGAGUUGUAGACUAAGUUAAAGCUGCUGGUUUAUAAAUACACGGUUGGACUUUCAGAGAUGAUCAAUUGACCUGGGGUAAUGACAGUAUUGAUUAAUACGUUAUUGCUUGCCAAACUUUAAAUAUAACUGGUAUUAUUUCUGAAUUCCCAGAAGCUGCUAUCAGUGUCGCUGUUAUGAUACGUAGAUAAAAUGAAAAGAUAAUAGCUUAAAUUUGA